AUGUUGGAGCAACCAGUCCUCCUCCUCCUCCAUGUCUCUCCUCCCAGUCAGGGCCUGGUGGACGCUGGACGUCCGGGGGACAGCAGGAGCCGGUGCAGCUCCUCGCUCCGUCUCUGCUUCUGCUUCAUUCUGGUGUUUGCAGCCGUUUAUCUGCUCCUGUACAACAGGAACCUGUCGGAGAGCUCGACCGACUGGAGCCCGAAGUGGCUCCUGAACUUUAACUCAGGGAAAUGGUUGAAACAGUUUAAGAGUCUGACUCAGAGCCAGAAGUCUCCCAACACCACAGAUCCCAGCAGGGUCACUGGUUCUGCUGGAGCUGCUGCCGGGCUCACCGCUGACAGCAGCUCCUCAGGGACUGAUCAGGGGACACGGAGCAGCUCGGCCCCCCCACCGGCUCCUUACGUGUCUCCUGGACCGUAUCUAGUGGAAUAUCCUCAUCAGUACCACUUCACUAUCAAUGAGCCGCAGACGUGCGCGGAGCAGCAGCCUUUCCUGGUUCUGAUGGUUCCUGUGGCGCCCCAGAACCGGGCCCACCGGGACAUCAUCCGCAGCACGUGGGGGGGGGACAGCAGCGUCCUGGGUAAAGUGGUGAAGCUGUUCUUUCUGCUGGGGCUGAAGACUGGAGAGGGAGCGGAGCAGCUCCCAGAGCAGCUGCUGCAGGAGAGCAAAGAGCACCAGGACCUGAUCCAGAGCGACUUCGUGGACUGCUACAAGAACCUGACCAUCAAGACCAUGGUGAUGCUGGAGUGGCUGGACACCUACUGCUCCAACGUCUCCUACGCCAUGAAGAUCGACUCGGACAUGUUCCUGAAUCUGCCCAAUCUCAUCAACAUGUUGAUAAACGCUCCGAGGACGAACUACCUGACCGGCCUCGUGGCGAGUGGAGCAGCCGUUCUGAGGGAUCCGAGCUCCAAAUGGUACGUUCCUGUCGAGGUCCACCCCCGUCCGCAGUACCCCCGCUACGCUCUGGGCCUCGGCUACGUGCUGUCCUUAGAUCUCCCGAGAAAGUUGGUGGAAGCAGCCAGAGACGUGCGAGCUCUGUACAUUGAAGACGUGUAUCUGGGGUUGUGUAUGCAGCACCUGGGCAUCCCCCCCACCGACCCCCCCGGCCCGGGCUACUUUCACGUGUUUCCUGUGUCGUACGAUCGCUGCGCUUUCUCCAAGCUGAUCGCCACCACCACUCAUGAGAACGAUGAUCGGACCUGGAUGUGGACGGACUUUAAAAAGCCAGGCCCGUUCUGCUGACGUGUGAAGAAGAAACUUAUUUGUAUAGCGCCAAAUCCUAAUAUAUAUUGUCUCAGGGAUCUUUACAUAGAAAGUGGAGACUGGUUCUGGUUUACAUUUUAUUAUAGUUUGUUUUUAAUCUGCCGUCCUCUCAGGUUCACGCUGAGCAGAACAAACCUCAUCGAGCUGGUUCUGGUUCGCUGAGAGUCGGAGGUUUGGUGUGAAGGGUGUUGGUGUGUCUGCUGGUGGGUGGAGCUACAGUGAAGGGGUUGGUCUGACGUUUUGAAUUAGAAGGAACUAAUCCUUCAGGCCUCAGGGAGAAACCCCCACUGUGCGUUUGUUUGUUUCAAACCGGACUGACCUGCUCUCGCUCCAAAGACCGGUUCCAACUCGUCGUCCGGCUCAAUGAGCCGGGGGGAGCUUCCUGGAGAGUCCUGAGAUCAUCUCCUCUGUGAUGUCACACUGUGAUGUCAACAGGCAGUGACACAGUUACUAUAACUACUCCUCAAAUAUGCUGCUUUAUAUCUUUUAUACAGACUUUAUGAAUAUUCUAUAAUCUCCACUGAGUGACAGGAACAGCAAAUCCACCGGCGCCAACGUUCAAACUUUAUCUCAAAGUUAAUAAAAGACACAUUUUAGCAAAGAGCAUUUGUUCAACACUAGCUGCUUCUCUCUUUUCUGUAUUCAUGUUCUGAGGCUGCUCAGAAUUAUGAAUGUGAUAAUGUAACUUACUGAAGGAUGUGAUCAUUAAUGUGUAGCACUGGAAUGAAUGAAUGUGAAUCACAGUGGAUUCGUUUAUGGAAGCAAACAAUCUGAGCUCCAGAGAACUCAGGUCCGAGGCUCUCUGUGGGGAACAGGCACACUUCCUGAUGUGUGUCAGCGUGUUUGUGUGUGAAUCAGAGUGUUUGUGUUGUCGUGUAGCAGCAUGUUCGCUGGCCCUGUGUCAACUGUUUGACGGUGACACACCCUGCUGUGAUGAGGCUGGUGCGUCUCGACUGUUCUUUAUGUUCCUGGACUCAAGCUAAUGUUAACAUCAUGAUUCAGUGUUAGCAGCAGCCAGAGUCUACACACUAUUGUUGAAGACAUAACUCCUGUGCAAACAGGACCAUUCUGAGUCAGGUGCUUUUCAGUCGUACUCAGAUUCAACACAACUUUCUAAAGCAAACUACAGACACGUCUGUUCUCAGGCCCUUUCAGGAGUUUGAGUACUGUAUGUUGAACGUCUACUUGGUUCAGGGGUACUUUGAUGUAAACUUCAUUUCAUAAUACCUUUGUUUAUACACGUUUUACAUUUGUACCUAUAUGUUUUAUUUUCAAACUAUUGUCUCAAUGUGACGCACAUUAAGCUUCUUCUAAUGAAAAGGCUUUGUGAAUUCAAGUUCGUUUCCAUUUCACUCCUCAUGACUCUGCACAUGUUCUGACCUUCAUUAGAAAUGUGAGGGUUGGAUAUUGAUUUUUACACUCCAUUAAACACUGUUGUUCAUACAUACUGUAUAUGAUAAUAGGUAAUAAUCAGAAUCCAAACCCACUCAGGUUUCACUGGCACAGCUUCUAACCCAGUGUGACUACACACACGUGUUGCAUUCCUGAUCUGAAAGGAUGCAGCGACCGAAUGUGGCUCAUGUAAUAAAUCUCAUAUUUGAUUUUA